UGGGGUAUUGUCAUGAUUCCAAUAUAAUAAAAAAGAGCUGUGUAAGUGCUGAUUUCUGGUUUAGCAGAUCAAUAUUGCAAAGUGAGUAUAGUGAGUGAGUGGCCAAGCUGAACUCUAAAUAUAGACUGAGAGGGGCAGUCUGUUUCACGGCUAUCUUCAUGGGUACUGCAGGACUCGACAGGUUCCUAUGGGACUAAAAGUAGAGAGGAACUGCAGAACAAGUUUUCUUCACAUGAUUUUCACUGGCUGAUUUCUUCCAUACUGGCAUAUUACCUGAAUGCAAUUAUGUUGGCUCCACAAUGAUUGUGCUGGCUGAGGAUGUGCAUGUGGGGAGACAGCAGAGCAGAGCCAGCUCUGUUGGGACGUGGCUCACAGACUGUUGUGCUGCCUGCUGCCAUGUCAUGCUCUAGAGGAAGGACAGUGGCACAGCCAUCUGUCCUGAAGUUACUGCUGCACACAUAAAGAUCAAACACUAGAGACAAUGGAGAGGCCUUCCUUGGAAUUUAACAUGCCUGAUGGUCAUGAAGAAGGAAAACUUUAUGUAGUUGAUUCCCUAAACAACCUAAACAAACUAAAUGUUUGUCCAGAUGAAUCCCAACAUCCACUGGAUGAGGAAGAGAACACUGGUGGUACUCCAGAAAGUACGGCAGGGAGCGACGCAAGAAACCAGCGUUUGUUCUUCGUCACCUUUAUUCUUACUUUGACCGUCAGUUUGGCACUUGUUUCAUUUGUAAUAUUCUUAAUAUUCCAAACUAGAAAUGAGGUGGACCAAAUAUCAAGCAGACUACUAUCUGAAAAGAAGAACAUAGAAGAGCUGAAGAAACUUAACAAUAUUAUAUUAAAGCAUCUGAAUCAAUCCAGAAUUAAGGAAAAGCCUUCUGAUCUUCGUGAUUACCUCUUUACCCAUGCUGAGCUCAAAGUCCCUGGAGAAUAAAUCUUCUUUGGAAAGAAAUUCAGCAUAUUCAUAACUCAGACAUGUUCACAUAUGGCACACAGGUUGCUGAAACAUGGUUGCUGAAACAUUGCUGGAAGAGCCAGCUGAAUUAAAAAUAUUAGCAAUUAAUAUUUUACCCUGUUUUACGUGGACAGAGAUUUGUAAUACUAAGCCCAUAGGAUUCACAAUAAACAAUGGAUUGUCAGUCUGGGGCAAACUUCCAGAUUCCCUGUGCAUUUUAAAUCACAGGGGUAAGGGCCUAGUUUUACUUUAAAUGUAAGUGAAUGAUCACAGAAAAUCACGAGUUCUAUUCACAUGAUUCCAGCAUGACCUUGUUCACUUAAUCAUUCUUCUGUUACCUUUGUACAAGCUUUCUGUUUGUUUCUAUUAUUAUUUGUAUUUAAGGAUAACUUCAGAUUUCAUAACUUAUAAAUAAAUCAAUUUCUUGAUUAAAAUUAUAAAUAAAUCAAUUAUAAACUUAUAAAUAAAUUAAUUUCUGGUCUAGAGUUUUGUGGUUUUCCCUUCUGUGCAUCUAAAUAUACUACUCUUUUUGUGAAAAAAAAAAAAAACAAACACCCAACCUUGAAUAACAACAAACCCUUUCAUAAGAUGCCAUAAUCAGCCCAAAUUUUUAUUGACAGACUGAAUGUCCUAUUGCCUUACAUGGAAAAUGUGUUUAGAGGACUCAGUCUGGUAAUGUCACAGCAUCAUCACAGCCACUAUCUCACAGCAAUGCCAAUACACUGUACUCACAAUUUGCAGGUGAAGCCCGAGUGUUUUUGCAAAGUGAUGUGAGGAAAAUACUACAUGUUCUUGUACUCCUCCCCAUAGUUUCUGCUGGUCACCAUCAGAGAAGGGCCAGAUUAAAUAUGGUUGGAACCUUCAUGGUUUUAAUGUCGAGCGAUACCUCAGAGGCUAAAAGGAGCUUUAAAGCUCUCAUUCCCAUCCAAUUCAUUCUUAUCUCUUCUGGACAGUUUUACAAAAAAAGCCACCAAAGACAACAGUUAGCACUGCAGUCUUCUUUUCAGACUUCAUAGUCCUUUCUGUGAUGACUACUUCAUUGUCUGCAACAAAGGGAAGAACUAAGUCCAGGAGAAGUUCUUGGUAUCACUCUACCUGGAUUUGCCCACCAAUUCUAUUCCUGCUAUUACAAGUGCUUUGCUUUAUACCUAUGUUUUACAUCACCCUCUUUCUAUUUCCCGAUUUUUAUUUUCCUAAUGUAUUACUGUCAAGUUAUUCACAUGAAAAUGGUGAAGAUUGGUUUAAAGAGUUCAUUAUUCCUGCUGUUACUUCCCAGCUGCAAUUUUAGUUGUC